CUGCUAUCGUAAUUAACCAUGCAAAUUAUUGCCAUGCAUGGUGCAGGUUAUCAGAGUUCAAAGAAGAGUUGGAGAAGAGAAGUAUUCAUUGGAGUUGGAGGGGUUCUGUUUGUGUGCCUAUGUCUCGUUGCUUGUCUCUUAUAUUAUAAGAAGUCUUGUGACUUGCUAGUUUGUUGGAAGAAGAAAUCAAAGACUACGCCAAGUGUUGAAUCCUUCGUACAGAAAUACGGAUCCUUAAACACCAAAUGGUACAGAUAUUCAGAAGUAAAAAGAAUGACGAAGUCUUUUGCUGACAAGUUGGGACAAGGUGGUUUUGGUAUUGUUUAUAAAGGAAGUCUUCCUAAUGGCCAUCUUGUUGCUGUGAAGAUACUAACAAAUUCUAAGGAAAAUGAGGAGGAAUUUAUCAAUGAAGUUGCCAGUAUUAGCAGAACAUCUCAUGUCAAUAUUGUUAGACUCUUAGGGUUUUGUUUAGAUGGAUCAAAGCGAGCUCUUAUUUAUGACUUUAUGCCGAACGGAUCGCUAGAGAGAUUUAUUUUUAACGACAGGUCUCAAAUAGAAUCUGCACUUGGCUGGAAUAAGUUAUUCGAGAUUGUAGUUGGUGUUGCUCGCGGGCUAGAGUAUUUGCAUCGUGGAUGCAACACCCGGAUAGUUCAUUUUGAUAUCAAACCUCAUAAUAUUUUAUUGGAUCAAGAUUUUUGUCCUAAGAUUUCUGAUUUUGGAUUGGCAAAAUUAUGCACUUCAAAAGAGAGCAUUAUCUCGCUGAUAGGUGCAAGAGGGACAAUUGGGUAUAUCGCACCAGAAGUCUUUUCUAGAAACUUUGGAGUUGUCUCAAGUAAAUCUGAUGUUUAUAGCUAUGGUAUGAUGGUACUUGAAAUGGUCGGAGGAAGAAAAAAUCUUGAUGUUACCACAACAAGUAGCAGCGCAACUUAUUUUCCUCACUACCUUUAUAAAAAUAUUAAUCAGUACUGUGUAGAAGCUUGUGGUGACAAUGGCGAGGCUACAGAGAUAGUUAGAAAGAUGAUUCUAGUUGCAUUAUGGUGUAUUCAAACCAUGCCAGAUGAUCGUCCUUCAAUGAGUAGAGUGGUAAAUAUGUUGGAAGGUGACAUCAGUGAUCUACAACUACCGCCUAAGCCAUAA